AGGAAAGAAAGAGAGUGAGAAAGAGAGAGAGGGAGAGAGAGGGGCGCCUUUCUGUGGAGACAGAUUUAACUGAGGGGUUUAUGGAGUCUGAAGGUCUGGGGAAUGAAGAUCUCUGCAGUGGUAACAGUUUUCCUGACUAGUGUUCUCCUCGGAGAUGUAUGCAGAGCCAUCAACGUCACGGUCACUCCGUCUCCGUUCACGGUGGCCGGCGAGGGCGAGAACGUCACGCUGUCCUGCCAGGUGAGCCAGCGCCGCAAGUCAGACAGCCUUCCCGUGGUGCGCUGGAUGUUCCAGCCGGCAUGGGGGGGCGACGAGCACCUCGUGGCCAAAGUGAACAUGAGGAAGGCCAAGUUCUACGGAAACUACACCAAGAGCUUCCCCACGCCCAAGAUGAAGCUGACUGUGGUCAAACAAGGGAAGAUCUACAACCUCCUCAUCAUCAACAUCACCAGCACUGACAGAGGCCUCUACAGCUGCAGAGUCCAGGAGUUUAAGAAGCACCGCGAGCGCUGGAAGGCCUCCACCAACUCCACCGCAGCAACAGAACUCAAAGUGCACGUCCUCCCAGACACCAGCGCCAAGGAGGGACUGUGGAGUCUGUUUGAAGACGUGUACCUGUGUGCGGUGCUGAUCUGCAGUGUGGGGCUGCUCUGCAUGUGUAUGUUUACUGUGGCCGUAAGCUGCCAGUACCUGCAGAAGAAGAGGCAUUUAAAAGAAAAUUAUCAUUUGGUCAAGAGUCCUCAGAACAGUUCUGGGGAGACGGUCACUAGCGUGGUCAGCUUGUCUCCUGCUCUACCUAAGAAACAGAGGAAGUACAAGAAGAAGAAAGCAGUAGAACAGGAGGAGGUGCCGCCGGAGAUCCCCGCUAAAGCACCCAUUGCAGACAAACUGCGGAAGCCAAAACUUUUAAAACCUCAGCCCAGAAAGAUCAUUUUGCCCAAGAUUGCAGAGGAGAGCCUGACGUAUGCUGAGCUUGAACUGGUGAAGCCACUGCCAGACACCAAAGCAUCAAAGACAGGAACCGUUUACGCCCAAAUCCUCUUUGAGGAGAGAAUGAUGUAGGGCUGAGCCAUUUUACUGAGGAAUUUUGUUAUUUAUAAUACAUUGUAUCCAUUGUAAUGUCUGUUACAGUUUUCUAACCCAGUGUAAAUGUAUACAGUGUUUUAUACGUGUGUUUUUUUUACGAAGUAUACAUUUUUGUACAUAGCUUUUUGUUUCCUUUAUUUUGUCACUUUCACACAUUCCACUGUAUAUCUCUGCUAUUGGAAUCUAAGCUAAAUACCAUAUAUUUCUUUGGUUUUGACUCUUGUAAAUUUAACAUUCAUACAGAGGGUAUGAAUUCAUGUCACAUUCCUGCUCUUUGAGGUGUCAGAACAUUCCACAACAAUAAAGGAAACGGCCAAACUGUCAA